AUGGAAUUGGCAGAUAUAAAAACAUGUUACGAUAUCCGAAGAGUAUGUUAUUUCAGCGGUAGCUCAAUCUACAGAGAUGGUCAUGAAUUUUCAUUGAAACCGAAAGACAUAGACCCUUUUCUAUGUACCCACCUAAUCUAUGCAUCGGCAGCCUUAGACGAUGACGGAACCUCUGUCAAGUUACCAGACGGUUAUGAAGAUUUUCAGCUAUAUAGAGAUUUGACUAAUCUAAUGACCAUAAACGAAGAUUUAACUGUUAUGUUAUCUGUUGGUGGAUGGGAACUAGGGAGUCAGAGUUGGAGUAGAUUAGUAUCAUCUCGUACAAACAUGGAAGCAUUUGCUUUGGAAGUUAUUCGGUAUCUACGCAUGCAUAAUUUUGACGGUUUGGACGUGAACUGGGAAUACCCAGGCACAAGAGGUAGUCCACCAGGAGAUAAACACAACUUUGCUGAAUUAUUAGAGGUAUUACAACAUUAUUUUGAGAUAGAAGAAGAACCAGACAAUAAAGAAACCCUUGUUUUAUCAGUUUGUGUUGAUCCUACUCAACAGAUGAUUGACAAAUCGUAUGAUCUAAACAGAAUAUCAAGAGUUGUUGAUUUCAUAAAUCUGAAACUGUAUGACUUCUAUGGACAUUGGGACGAUCCCAUGAUAGUAUACCCACACAGUGCACUGACAGGAGAAAAUGGUGUGAAAAACGUAAAUUCUUUGAUAAACACCUGGAUAGCACAGGGUGUACCAAAGCAUAAAAUCAUUCUUGGAAUACCAUUUUUUGGAAGAUCUUUCAGAUUACAGAACAGCAACAUGUCUGCUCCGGGAUCAUUAGCUAUCGGUCCUGGUUCCGACAAUGGAGAUGGAUAUCCAGUUAAAAACCUUUGUCAUCUUAUAAAAAACGGUGGAUUGUCAGAACAAAUGUAUGGACGUGUACCAUUCAUAGUUCAUGAAGAUGAAUGGAUAAGUCAUGAUAAUCCAAUCAGUGUUCAAGAAAAGGCUGAGUUAGCGAGGAGUAAUAAUCUAGGAGGUGUAUUUGUAUGGACUAUAGAUAUGGACGAUUUUAAUGGUGCAUGUGGCACCAAAUAUCCUAUGAUGUUUGCUGUCAUUCAUGGUCUACACGAAUAUGAUGAGUAUAUAACAGACAAAGAGGAGGCAAUGUUAUUUAUGGCAGAACAGAAGAGACUUGGAAAGGAAAGAUUGUCAAAUGUUGCAUUAGAGAAACGAAAAGCUGGGCAUAUGUUAGAUCAAUUGAACGUACCUCACAAAUCUGAAUCAACAUUUAUUUGGUAGUCAAAAAAGACCACUAGAAGUCGAAGCUCAUUUUUAUUUUUGUUUUGUGACAUAUCAUACAUUACAAUUAACUAAA